UAUCUAUUGUUAAAUCCACAUAAUUUCCUCUCGAAAAGAAAAGGAAAAAAGUAUAGAUAAUGGAAGAUUGAGGUGACAGGCCAAAGAUUAAAGCACAUCUAAACACCAAAAGAACAAACCCUAACCCAAAACAUAAGUGAGAUUUUUAACAUUUUUUGGUCACUGAAAUGGAUAAGAGGGAUCUAGAAAGAGAGUUUCACAUGACAGGGGGAGAUGGGAAAACUAGUUAUGCAAGAAACUCUACCUUCCAGAAGAAAGCAUCUGAUCAAGCAAAACACAUAACACUAGAGUCACUGCAAGAACUCUACAAGGAGACCAAACCCAAGAGCUUAGGAAUAGCUGACUUGGGAUGUUCUUCAGGACCAAACACUCUCUCCACCAUUAGAGACAUCAUCAAAGCCGUAGAGUUUUCUCACAGCCAAGAGAUCCCAAGCCAGCCCUUGCCGGAAUUCAGCUUCUUCCUUAAUGAUCUCCCAGGAAAUGACUUCAACGCCAUAUUCAAGUCCUUGCCUGACUUCCACAUAGAGGUCAAGAGAGAUGCCAAGAACGGUGGAUGCCCUUCAAUUUUCAUUGCAGCAUACCCUGGAUCAUUCUAUGGAAGGCUCUUCCCUGAGAGUAACAUCCACUUUAUCCAUGCCUCUUACAGCUUACACUGGCUUUCUAAGAUUCCUCCAGCUUUGUAUGAUGAUCAAGGCAAGUCCGUAAACAAAGGUUGUGUUAACAUCUGCUCCUCGAGCCCUGAAGCUGUUUCCAAAGCUUACUACAGUCAGUUCAAGGAAGAUUUCUCCAUGUUCCUCCGGUUUAGAUCAAAAGAGGUGGUUGCUUCAGGCAGAAUGGUCCUGAUAAUGCUUGGAAGGGAAGGUCCGGAUCACGUGGAUAGAGGAAACUCUUUUUUCUGGGAACUUCUUGCUAGAUCCAUAGCUGAUCUUGUUGCACAGGGAGUAACUGAGGAAGAGAAGCUUGAUUCUUACGAAAUGCACUUCUAUGCCCCGAGUGCUGCUGAGAUAGAAAAUGAAGUGAACAAAGAAGGGUCUUUUGAAAUAGAGAAGUUAGAGAUGUUAGAAGUUGACAAGGAGAAAGGCGACGAGGAUGGUGUCAGUUAUGGUAAGGCGGCCGCAAAGACGGUAAGAGCGGUUCAAGAGUCAAUGCUUGCUCCACACUUUGGGGAAGACAUUCUUGACAAGCUGUUUGAUAUAUAUGGUAGAAUGGUCGACGAGGAGUUGGCUAAAGAAGACAUAAGACCCAUCACAUUUGUUGUUGUCCUGAAAAGGAAACCUUGAAACAUUGAAAUAAAACUUCUAUAUGUGUAUCAAAUGUUGGAUAUAUGAUAAUAAAACCAGAAAAAUCAAUUAAACAGAAGGAACAUUAUUGUU